UGGACUUAGAAAAGAGCGGGCGAAAUUUCAGUUUAGUUGAAUCACAUUGAAGAAUCAGAACCAUUACAGAGAAACUUUUCGAACUCUAUUGUAACAAAAUCAUUAGAAAUCAGCAAAUUCCCCAACCAUGAGCAGCGCCUCUGCCAAAUCAAGAAAUUUCCGCCGCAGAGGCGACGAAGACAUAGACGACGACGGAAACAAAGACUCUAAAUCAAAAAUCGCCGCCAAUUCCACCACCACACCAGCACUUUCCCUCUCCUCCUCUCGCAAACCCCCUUCUACAAAACCAAAGAAGCUACUAAGCUUCGCAGACGACGAAGAAACCGACGAACAAACCCCUCGCAUUUCCACAAAAUCAUCAUCCAGCAAUAAACCAAAAGCAACCAAAAAAUCCUCUCACAAACUCACCGUCGCUAAAGAUCGUCAACCGCCGUCUAAUUCAACUGCCACUGCUAACAAUAAUAAUAACAGUAAUCUCUUCCGCCCGCAAGCUGGUACUUAUACUAAAGAAGCACUUCUUGAGCUUCAAAAGAAUACUCGCACUCUGUUCUCCAAACCCUCGUCUUCUUCGGCGGAACCUAAAAUUAUUCUGAAGGGUCUCCUCAAGCCCACUCAGGAUGAUUUAACCAGUCGACAAGAUAAUCAGGGCGACCACGGCGAAGACGACGCCGGAGAUUUUCACAGUACGAAUGAUCGGUUCUCUUCUUUAGGUUUGAUUCCGGAUGAGGACACUAUACGGAAAAUUAGGGCAAGAAAGGAGCGGUUACGCAAGUCUAGGGUUUCUGCUCCUGAUUAUAUUUCUUUGGAUGGUGGCGGAGGAGGUGGUUCUAAUCUUGGUACUGCUGAGGGUUUUAGCGAUGAGGAGCCGGAGUUUCGGACUCGAGUUGCCAUGGUUGGGCUCAAUAAUAAGAAAGAGAGCGCUCUUCCUGGUGGUGUGUUUGAUGAUUUUGACAACGGGAGUGAUGUUAUUGGUCCUAAUGUUAGAUAUGCUGAAAAGGAGAGUGUUGUUGUUGAUGAUAAUGAGGAGGAUGAAGAGGAUAAAAUUUGGGAGGAAGAGCAAUUUCGAAAGGCUUUAGGGGGUAACAAGAGAAUGGAUGAUGCUGCGUCGGCUUCUGCCAUUCAUAAGCAUCAUCAGCUGCAGCCGCCUCUCGCACAUAAUUCAACUGGUACUACUGCUGCUGUUACUAGCAUUGGUGGAGCUUCUCAACCAUUGGAUGCUUUGUCCAUUCCCCAGCAGGCUCUCAUUGCUACCAAAGCAUUGCAACAAACACUAUCCAAGUUUAAGGAAUCGCACGCUAGAACUGUUAUGUCGCUUGCGAAGACUGAUGAUAAUUUAUCGGCAUCAUUGAUGAAUAUUACUGCUCUUGAGAAAUCUUUAUCUGCUGCUGGUGAGAAGUACAUCUUUAUGCAAAAGCUUCGUCACUUUGUUUCUGAUAUAUGUGAAUUUCUGCAGGAUAAAGCUCCUUUUAUUGAGGAACUGGAAGAGCAGAUGCAGACACUUCAUAAACAACGAGCAUCUGCUAUUUUAGAAAGAAGAACUUCUGAUAAUCACGAUGAGAUGAUUGGUGUAGAAAUAGCUAUCAAAGCAGCAAGGCAGGUUUUCUGUGAACGUGGGAGCAGUGAAGCAGUAAUUGCUGCUGCUACAAGUGCAGCCCAAGAUGCUUCAGCUGCCAAAGAACAAAGUAAUCUAGCAGUGAAGCUAGAUGAAUUUGGCAGAGAUAUCAACCAACAGAAACGUAUGGAUAUGAAGCGGAGGGCUGAUGCACGUCAGCGUAGGAGGGCUCAUUUCGAGUCAAAGAGAUUGUCAUCUAUGGACGUCGAUGGUACUGGUCAGAAAAUAGAGGGAGAGUCAAGCACGGAUGAGAGCGACAGUGAAAGUGCAGCGUAUCAGUCAAACCGGGAUCUGCUACUCCAUACUGCUGGUCAAAUUUUUGGUGAUGCUUCGGAGGAAUAUUCCCAACUUUCUAUGGUUAAAGAAAGGUUUGAAAUUUGGAAGAAAGAAUACUCAGUAUGUUAUCGAGAUGCAUACAUGUCACUAAGUGUUCCUGCCAUCUUCUCUCCAUACGUAAGACUAGAACUUUUAAAGUGGGACCCUCUCCAUGAGGAUGCAGAUUUUUUCAAUAUGAAAUGGCAUUCUUUGCUAUCUGAUUAUGGUUUGCCAGAAAAUGGUAGUGAUCCCAAUCCUGGAGAUGCUGAUCCUAACCUCGUCCCUGAACUAGUGGCAAAGGUUGCAAUACCUAUUUUGCAUCAUGAAAUUGCCCACUGUUGGGACAUACUCAGUACACGAGAGACUGAAAAUGCUGUUUCUGCCACAAAUUUGGUAACUGAUUAUGUUCCUCCUUCUAGUGAGGCUUUAGCAGAGCUGCUGGUAGCAAUUCGCACGCGUCUAGCCGAUGCUGUUGCUGAUAUUAUGGUCCCAACAUGGAGCCCACUUGAGCUUAAGGCUGUCCCAAAUGCGGCACGAAUUGCAGCAUAUCGAUUUGGGAUGUCAGUUCGAUUGAUGAAAAACAUCUGUUUGUGGAAAGAUAUGCUGUCAUUGCCAGUGCUAGAGAAACUUGCUCUUGAUGAGCUUUUGUGUGGGAAGGUUCUCCCUCAUCUUCAAAGCAUUGCAAAUAAUGUUCAUGAUGCAAUUACAAGAACUGAAAGGAUUAUUGCUUCUUUAUCUGGUGUGUGGGCAGGUCCAAGCGUAAUCACUGACCGCAGCCAUAAGCUACAACGAUUAGUGGGUUACAUAAUGUCUCUAGCAAAGAGGUUGAAGGACAAGCAUCCUUCAGGUGUGUCUGAAACAGAGACCAGCGGACUGGCCCGUCGAUUGAAGAAGAUGUUGGUUGAGCUCAACGAUUAUGAUAAAGCCCGGGAAAUAGCUAGAAUGUUUGGCCUCAGAGAGGCUUUGUGAUUUGAAAGAAAUACAGGCAUCCUCUAUCUAGAUUUCUUUGAUUGUGUUGUCCGUUUUCUUCAGAAUCGGACCAUUUCUCUAAUAGCAGUUGUAGAUUUGACACCUAAUGAUAGAAUUUUUUGGUAGUCUCUCAAAUUUUGUUGAGGAAUCUUGUAAAUUGUAGUAAGAGUUCGAGUUCUAUUGAGGCAGUUGUAAAGCUUUUCCCA